AUGAGUAUUAUUAUUACUAUUUUCCUCAUAAUCAAUCUCUUUGUAAGAGUAGAGUCAAUUAGCAGAGGAGAUUUUCCAGAAGGGUUUAUCUUUGGAACUGCUUCUUCAGCUCACCAGUUUGAAGGAGCUGUUAAUGAAGGAAACAAAGGAGAUAGCAUAUGGGACACUUUCUCAAGAUUACCAGGGAGAAUUUUGGAUUUCAGUAAUGCAGAUAUGGCAGUGGAUCAAUAUCACCGAUUUGAGAAUGACAUAAACUUGAUGAAGGAUUUGGGAAUGGAUUCUUACAGAUUUUCUAUAUCAUGGCCAAGAAUUUUCCCAAAUGGAACAGGGGAACCUAAUACAGAGGGAAUAAAAUAUUACAACACCCUCAUUGAUACUUUAUUGGAAAAAGGAAUACAGCCUUUUGUAACUCUAUAUCAUUGGGAUCUUCCACAGGUGCUGGAAGAUAAAUAUGAAGGAUGGUUAAGUCCUCAAAUCAUAAAAGAUUUCGAGCAUUAUGCAUACACAUGCUUCCAAGCUUUUGGCGACCGAGUUAAGCACUGGAUUACCUUCAACGAACCUCACAACUUCGCCCUCCAUGGUUAUGAUUUAGGCAUUCAAGCACCAGGAAGAUGUUCUCUUCUUGGUCAUCUUGUAUGUAAGAAAGGAAAAUCGUCCACGGAACCUUACAUUGUUGCACAUAACAUUCUCUUAUCUCAUGCUGCUGCCUACAGAAGUUACCAACUACAUUUCAAGGAACCACAAGGAGGUAAAAUUGGGAUAGCUCUAGACGCUGUUUGGUAUGAGCCUAUAACCGAACUUGAUGAAGACAAAGAAGCAGCUGCUAGAGCUAUGGAUUUUUCACUUGGAUGGUUUCUUGAUCCUCUUUUCUUUGGAAAAUAUCCACUCUCAAUGCAAAAACAAGUAGCUGAGAGAUUGCCAAAGAUUACUAAAGCAACCUCAAACUUGCUUGUUGGAUCAUUGGAUUUUAUUGGCAUAAACCAUUAUACCUCGCUGUAUACACGAAACGAUAGGACUCGGGUUCAUAAACUGAUUAUGCAAGAUGCUAUAUCUGAUGCUGCUGUUAUUACAACCGCAUAUAGAAGAGGAGCUGCAAUUGGAGAUAAGGCAGCUUCGAGUUGGCUACACAUUGUCCCUUGGGGAAUCAGGAAAUUGAUGAAACAUGUGAAAUGCAAAUACGGGAACACACCAGUAAUCAUAACCGAAAACGGAAUGGAUGAUCCAACUGGACCUUUUAUGACCUUAGAAAAGGCAUUAAAUGAUGACAAGAGGAUAAGAUAUCAUAGGGAUUAUCUCUCAAACCUAUCUGCUGCUAUAAGGGAAGAUGAUUGCAAUGUGAAGGGUUACUUUGCAUGGUCAUUGCUUGAUAAUUGGGAAUGGAAUUUGGGAUAUACAGUGCGCUUUGGACUCUACUAUGUGGAUUUCAAAAACAACCUUACUAGGAUACCAAAAUCUUCUGUGAAAUGGUUCAAAAGUGUGCUCAGAUUCGAAACUGAAAAAAUUAGUGAUAUUUGA